AUGGAUUUCGUUCAUCCAAAAUCUGCAGAAUGUACAAAAACCGAACUUGAUUUAUUUUCUGUCCCACCAACACAAGUCAGUUUAGAAAAGGGGCAUUGGAUUGAUCAUCAACCUGUGUCCAGCGUAUCUGAAAAUGGACCAAUUACAUUUUUAGCGCCCGGCACUGAAGAUUAUGUUGACAUGUCUAAGACAAUAUUGGUAGCUAGAGCGAAAGUAACAAAAGCCGAUGGUGGGGAUAUCGAUGAUGACACUAAAGUUGGACCUGUAAACAAUUUCUUGCACAGUUUGUUCAAGCAAGUUGACGUGUUUCUAAAAGGAAAGUUAGUUACACAAGCAACAGGAACAUAUCCAUAUCGUGCAUAUCUCGGUACACUUUUAAAUUAUGGUCCGUCAGCCAAACAAUCCCAGCUCACCGCAGCGUUAUUUUACAAAGAUACUGCAGGUCAGAUGGAUAAUGCAGAUCCUGCUCACGCAAGUCCAAACAGGGGUUUGAAGACAAGAAAUAAGUUUAUCAUGGGAAGUAAAAUUGUUGAUAUGGCAGGUCCUAUCUUUUGCGAUGUUUUCUUUGGUGAACGUUACUUACUUAGCUAUGUUGAUUUGAAAGUGGUCAUGAACCGUACCAGUGACGAAUUUGUCUUAAUGUCAUCGGUGGACGGUGCAGCCUUUAGAGUGAAACUGAUAGAUGCAUACCUUAAAGUUCGUAAAGUCAAAGUGAAUCCUAGUAUAUCUCUGGCUCACGAAGUUGCCCUGAAAAAGGUCCAGCCAUUUACCCUGUAA